AUGACUGUGUUCCACCCUGCCGAGUACGAGGACCCGCGUCCAUGGAGGGGCGCAGAGUCACCUCGAUCGUGGAAUGUGGACUCUGAUGCUGCCAAGCUGUCGCUCAACGGUGACUGGCGCUUCCACUUCUCCCCGUCUGUGAUUGUCGCCGGCGACGAGUCGUUUGUCGAGCCCAAGUUUGACGACCAAAAGUGGGACACGAUCCCCGUCCCCUCGCACUGGGUCCUCCAGGGCGACGGCAAGUACGGCCUGCCCGCGUACCAGAACAUCAACUAUCCCUUUGUUGUGGACCCUCCUCACGUUCCCGACGAGAACCCCACUGGCGACUACCGCGUGACGUUUGACCUUCCUGCUGGUUGGGACCUUGGCGACGGCAAAUCGCUGGUACGCUUUGAUGGCGUGGAGAGCUGGGCCAAGGUGUUUGUCAACGGCACCGAGCUUGGCUACUCCACCGGUAGUCGCCUUCCGGUCGAGUUUGACGCGACCUCGGUUCUCAAAUCAAAGGACAAUGUGCUCGCCGUCCGCGUUCACCAGUGGUCGGCCGCGACGUAUCUCGAGGACCAGGACCAGUGGUUCAUGCCAGGAAUUUUCCGCGAGGUGACCCUGCUACACCGUCCCAAGGACAGCGUGGUCGACUACUUUGUGCAUGUUUCAUACGAUGAAAAGGACGGCUCUGCUACCCUCAAGGUCGACUGCGAUCCCUCUGGCCGCGUAACUAUUCCCGAGCUCAGCAUCGACACAGCCACCGGUGCGGAGGUUAAGAUCCCCAAGGUCUCCCCCUGGACCGCUGAGACUCCGCGCCUGUACGAUGGAACUCUCACCACGGCCGGGGAGAAGGUUCCCCUGCGCGUUGGUUUCCGCAGCGUCCGCAUCGAGGACAGUCAGAUCAAGGUCAAUGGCCAGCGCGUCCUGUUCAAGGGAGUGAACCGCCACGAGUUCCAGCCCGAGUCUGGCCGCCUGGUCGACCGUGCAACCAUGCUCAAGGACGUGCUGUUGAUGAAGAGCCACAAUGUCAACGCCGUCCGUACCAGCCACUACCCUCCCCACCCUUACUUCCUGUCUCUCUGUGACGAGUAUGGCCUCUGGGUCAUUGACGAGUGUGAUCUCGAGACACACGGCUUCGACUUUGUUGGUUGGGAGGGGAACCCUGUAGACAGUGACGACGAGGGGUGGAUCUCUGCGCUCCUCAACCGCGUCGGGCGUAUGGUCGAGCGUGACAAGAACCAUCCAUCCAUCAUCAUCUGGUCCAUGGGUAACGAGGCCGGUGUGGGCAAGAACAUUGGCAAGAUGGCCGACUGGGUGCGCUCCCGCGACUCGUCCCGUCCCAUCCACUACGAGGGUGACCGCUCAUGCAAGUACACCGACAUGUACUCGCGCAUGUACGCUGUCCAGGCCGAGGUCGACCUCAUCGGUCAGCACAAGGAGGUGCCCCUUGACGACCCCGAGCUGGACGCCAAACGCCGCCAGCUCCCCUUCAUUCUCUGCGAGUAUGCCCAUGCCAUGGGAAACGGUCCCGGGGGUCUGUCCGAGUACCAGGAGCUCUUUGAAAAGUACCCUCGCUGCCAAGGAGGUUUCAUCUGGGAGUGGAUCGACCACGGCCUGCCUGCCAUUGCCGCAGACGGCACCAAGUAUUACAAGUACGGCGGUGACUUUGGCGAGCAGACUCACGACAGCAACUUUGUCUGCGACGGCCUCCUGUUCCCAGACCGUACGCCUACCCCUGGUCUGAUCGAGUUCAAAAAGGUCAUUGAGCCAGUCAAAAUCAGCUUUGAGGGCGGCAAGGUGUGGAUCCGGAACGGCCGCGACUUUGCAGACCUGUCCGAUCUGGCCUUCGCCUGGCGGGUGGAACAGAAUGGCAAGGUUAUCGACCAGGGACAGAUCGAGGUGCCCACCAUCGCCGCUGGUGAGACUGUAGCUGUCGAGCUCGGUGUCCCCACGAUCAACGGCCAUGGCGAGGCUUGGCUCCAGGUUUCGGCCAACCUCAAGGCCAAGACUGUGUGGGCCGACGAGGGCCACGAGCUUGCGUGGGCCCAGUUCCUCCUCUCUGACAAGAGCGAUGCCAUCAACGGUGUUACCGCUGGAGCUGUUCAGGUCGUCGAGGGAAGCAAGGGCUACACUGUCGGCGCCGGCACCUUUGACAGCAAGGGCCAGCUCGUCAAGUUUGGCGACCUUGACGUCUCCCUCGCUCGUGUGGACAUUUGGCGCGCAAUGACGGACAAUGAUGUCGGCCCGCACUGCACCCCGGGCACCUGGAACGGCAAAAACUGGCUCGCGGCCGGUCUCGACCGUGUCCUCUACCGCGUCAACUCUGCCGCCAUCGAGGGCGGUGCGCUUGUCGUCAAGACUGUAGCUGCUCCUGCCAUCUAUGGCCGCUCCCUCGAGGCCGUGUAUCGCUGGACCUCCCCCGACGGCGAGGCCCUCCGCCUCGACCUACACGUCACGCCGCGCGGGGACUGGAGCGCACUUGCGCUUCCCCGCCUCGGUGUGCGCUUUGGACUCCCCAAGGGGCUCUCGCGCGUCGAGUGGUUCGGUCUCGGUCCCGGAGAGGCUUAUGCCGACACGCACACGGCCGCCCGUGUGGGACAGUACGCGCUGUCAAUCGACGAGAUGCAGACGCCCUACGUCUACCCUCAGGAGAACGGUAGCCGUGCCGAGGUGCGUUGGGCCGAGGUGACGGAUGAGAGCGGCCAGGCGGGUCUCCGUGUCGAAGGACACCCCGACUUUGCUCUCACGGCCCGCCGCUGGACGUCAGAGGAGCUCCAUGCCGCCAAGCACACACCUGACCUUGUUGCCGGCGACAAUGUGUGGCUCAACGUCGACUAUGGCCUGAACGGCAUCGGCACCGGAAGCUGUGGACCUGGCGUGCUUCCCAAGUACCUCCUUGCUGCCAAGGAGACCGACUUUGGAUUCACCCUUCGUCCGUUCAAGAAGUAA